GAAGAAACACAAGACGACAUCCAUCAGCGUUUCUUCAUCAUGGACGCCUCCUCCACCUCAACCCCCCCCUCCUCCAUCUCUAGCAGCAACACUACCCCCCCAGACCUACAUUGGGCACCAGACCUGCACAGACUCGCCCACCUGGACCAAGCCCUGUACAGGGACUUCCACUCCCUGUGGGUGUCUCUCAUGGUCCUAAACUCCCUCAUGUUCGUGGCAGGCGUGGCCCUCAACAGCCUGGCGCUCCUGGUGUUCUGCCGCCACCCGCCCCCAAGCUCCGCCCCUGUGGUGUACACCAUCAACCUGGCGGUGGCCGACCUGCUGGUGGCGCUGUCGCUCCCGGCGCGUGUGGCGCUCUACCACAGCGAGGGCUCCUGCUGGCUCUGCUCCUAUCUCCACUCCUUCAGCUACUUCGUCAACAUGUACUGCAGCAUCCUCUUCCUCACCAGCAUCUGCGUGGACCGGUACCUGGCCGUCGCCAUGCCGAUGCGGUCGUCGCGGCGAUGGCGGAGCCCCGCCGUGGCCCGGGCGGUGAGCGGCGGGGUGUGGGCGCUGGCCGUGGUGGUGACGUACUCCCUCCAGAGCCCCGCGCUGGGGCCCACUUCCUGGUCCGUCCCUGCGCUCUUCUCCCUGGCCGUGCUGGAGUUCCUGCUCCCCCUGGUGGUGAUGCUGGGGUGCACGCUCCGCGCAGCCUGGGUCCUGCUCAGCCACCCCCGGGGGAUGGUGCAGGGCCGGGGGAGGCGGGGCCGGGCGGUGAGGCUCCUGGUGGUGGUUCUGGUGGUGUUCACCGUGUGUUUCGGCCCCUUCCACGUACGCCAGACGCUGGUCUACUUCCGGGUGGUGGGGGAGGGACCUGGGCAGGUGCUGGCCUAUCACGCGACGGUGACCCUGAGCAGCCUGAACAGCUGCCUGGACCCGGUGGUCUACUGCUUUGUCACGGACCGCUUCCGGGUAGCCGUGCACCGCGUGUGCGGGCGGGGGAGGGGGGAGGCCAGCGAGGAAGCGAGAGGAGGAGGGGGGGGGGAGGAGGAAAGGAGCUUUAGGGAGUCGGAGAAAGCUGUAGCUAUCGUUCAGAGUGUUGUCACUCUCACCCCCCUUUCUAAAAUGGACCAGCCCAUUUACCGACCACACCCCCACACCCUGGCUAACAUGGACCAGUCCAUUUACAAACCCGACACCACCACACCCUGACUAACAUGGACCAGUCCAUUUACAAACCCGACACCACCACACCCUGACUAACAUGGAUCAGUCCAUUUAUAGACCUGACACCCCCACACCAUGUCUUUAAUGGACCAGUCCAUUUAUAGACCCGACACCUCCACACCCUGACUAACAUGGACCAGUCCAUUUAUAGACCCAACACCCCCACACCAUGACUAACAUAGACCAGUCCAUUUAUAAACCCGACACCCCCACAUCCUGACUAAC